AUGUUUGUAUGAGGAACUCGCUUGAGGAAAACAACAACUAGGCUCUCUUUUUCCUGGACUGCAGUCCAUGUUAUGACAGCAGUUGUUGCAAUUGCUAUUUAACUUUGCAGCCAAUUUUUGCUUGCAUCAGAAAAGGGUUGUUCAGCUGUCUAAUCAUAGUGCAGCAUCCUAGCUAUUAUCUCAACUCACACUAGGAAACAGCCUUUUACAUUCACAAUAACCUACUGUUUCCUCUCUUAAUGUUUCUUCUUUCCCACAUGGGGUCCAUUCACUGCAUCCCAAAGGAGUUCUAUGGUAGCAUUGCCUCACAACUUAUAACUGUGUAUUUCAGCUCGUUGUUGUGCGUCUGGAGCUCAAAUGAUUAUGUUCUGCUCUGCAGCUGCAGAAAAGGCGUUGGCUGUGGGAUAUUAGAGCGUGAUCUCUCAGCAGCAUUCCACUGAGAAAUAUCCAAAUGUUCUGGGAUCUCCUAUUGUGAUGAUUGGCUCAAUUUGAGAGAACUGCCUUUCUUUUUUGCCAGACAAACAUGCUCCACCAUAUAAAUUGACGAAGGGUACCAUUCGUAGCAAAGACAUUCAGACAGUUUGGCAUAAUUCAGUCUGACAUAAUAUACAUUGUUUUUGUUGCAGUCUCCCCCAAUGGGUGGAGAAGGCUUCCAUUGUCCCUUUAUGUAGCUGAAAAUACGAUACUUUCAAAACGAAGGUAUGACUGCGAUGGAAAAAGCAACAGAGACUACGGCGCUGUAGGCUAACAGACUCAGACCUUCAGACACAGCUUUCAUCAUUAAAGACCCAUCAGAGCCCGUGAACGGCCCUUACAGUACCUCUGGAUAAAACCCAAAUAAUAAUCAAUCACACAUCUGAGCAGCCAAGGCACACAAACACAAAGCCCCUGUUUUCCCACAGAGAGCAGAGAUCUCAUGCCUUGAAGGUAUACAGCAUGAAAUCUCUGUGAAAAUCAAGAGUUUGUUUUACCUCUUGUUCUUUUUUUCUUUUUUUUUAUUAUAUUGACCCUGUCUAUCUUUCAUCAAUGUUUUAGUCAUUUUCAGUGCAACUGUUCUGCACAGCAAAGAAUUUUAAUGAAAAGUUAAUGAAAAGGUGAGACAAUGGGAGAAUAUGUGUGUGGCCAGAUGAAAGAUAUUAAGUUGUGAGAUGGGGUUGAUUGGGGCUGGAUGAAAGAAGCUGAGGUCAGUUACCCAAUUCAUUAGAUUUCCAUCAGUUAGCUGCCACCAAAUAGCAUCUAGACAACAAAAAAGCCACAUCGCAAGCUCUGUGCGGUAGGUGUAUUGAAAAUGUAAGCAAGCACUCUCCACACAGUACUAUAUCCCUGUAUAGUAGAGUAAUAUUGGUCUGAAUCUCUUAUUGCCUUAAAAAUGCAAACGUUUCAAUUUGUAAAAUAUGUUUGCAUAGUUCUUUCUCAUAUAUUAUGUUUUUUUUGCAGUAUACACGGUAGAAUGCAGUUUACACUACCAUUGAAAUUUUGCAGUUUUUGGAAGAAGUCCCUUAUGCUCCCAUAGGCUGCAUUUAUUUGAUCAAAAGUACAGUAAAAACAGUAAUAUUGUUUACCAUUUAAAAUAAAUAGAAAUGUUUUCUAUUUAAAUUUAUUUAAAAUGUAGUUUAUUCCUGUGAUAGCGAAGCUGAAUUAUCAGCAGCACUCUAGUCUUCAGUGACACAUGAUCUUUCAAAACGUACUGCUUAAUAUUUUUGUGGAUGCCUUGAUGAAUAGAAAGUUCAAAAGAACACUAUUUAUUUGAUAUAGAAAUCUUUUGUAAAAUUGUAAAAGUCUUGCAAAAGUAAUGUUCCCCCAAGUCCCUUUAGGGGCUUUGUUUUUAAAAAUAUUUUGCAACAGAAAAUAUGAAGGUGAUUACUUUGUAAUCCCUUCAAUGUCUUGUUUUACUAAAAUGUUCUGACCGCUUAAUAACAACAAGCCCCAGAUUUCAGGAUAUCACAGUUUUUCAUUGUUGUUUUUCAGUGGUCACAAGGCCUAAUUGCUGUACCGACUUGCAUUUCAGUUUUGGUGUUAAUGUGACAGCUGCAUUGUCACUAGCAUACCAUAAUUCAUAACUCUGCAGCACACGUUUAUUUGGUUACUGAUAAUGUGCAGUUCAUUAUGGAAUGAACACUGAAUAUGAACACUCAUGUAUAUCCUUUGCCUCAAAAAUGGCAGGAGAUAGAAGCAUGCCAAAUACAUGUUGAUCACGGCAAGAUCUGCAUUGGUAAGAAUCGGAUAUUCACCAUGGGAUUGUCUGAGUCAUCUUGUCUUUCUGCAGCUCUUCCAGUCUGUGGAGGAAUGUCCUUACAAGACAAGACAGAACUCAAAACCAGCCACUCAUUGAAUUGAAGGUCUCUUUCUCCCUCUUUCAUCAUGUUUUGUCAAGCUGUGCUGCCCACCCAGGUCUCCCCCACCACUGUGUUGACAGAUGCCUAGCUGGAACAAAAAAACUGGCUUCAAACAUCCUCAGAAGUUUCACUGACUGCUUGCAGUUCACAAGAGGAGAACAGACUGUUUGGGAUCUGGAGAGGUUGGAGUGUACUGGAGACAUUUAUCGGCUAUUGACACACCAGGCACCAAGUCAAAAUGGCCCGUGGCCUCUUGAACUUGGUGUUUUUGCUGAGUGUAACUGGCUGCCUUUGUCAAAGGGAUUGCACUGGUGUAAACUGCCCUGAAUUGCAUAACUGCAUCGAAGAGGUUUUGGACACCGGAGCGUGUUGCGCUACCUGCAUGCAAACGGGCUGCAUGUGCGAGGGUUACCAGUAUUACGACUGCAUCAGUGCUGGCUUUAGAACCGGCAAGGUUCCAGAAGGCGAGUCGUACUUUGUGGACUUUGGGAGUACUGAAUGCUCCUGCCCACAAGGAGGUGGACGGAUCAGCUGCCAAUUUAUUCCAUGCCCUGAGCUUCCAGCCAACUGUAUAGAAUUGUCUGAACCAUCAGAUGGGUGCAUACAGUGCGAGCGAAUUGGCUGCGUUCACGAGGAGCAGAAGUACGAUGCUGGACACUCAUUCCAAAUUGACCCUUGCCAAGUAUGCCACUGCCCAAAUGAAGGAGGGAACCUAAUGUGCUAUCCGAUUCCAAACUGUGACCCAAAUCGCACUUCAGAACCCAUGCUGACCACAACAGCUGUGGAAAGCACAUCAGAGAGACGCAACCGAGACCCUAUGCGACAAAUUGUUAACCAUCAAGACUCUAGAGGUCAUUUUAACAAACACUUUCCUUUACACCACGAUAGCAAUCUUCCUUUUAAGCUACGUAUGAGAAACGUAGAUGAGAAGGAAGAGGAUGACGAAGACUAUGAUUAUCCACCCACUGAUUCCUUAGCUCCAUCUCUGCGUGAUUUUGAUGCUCCCACGGAGUCAUCCAUCAUCCCUGUAUUUCGUUCAGAUAAUUUCACCCCCCGCCAGGACAUGCACAGGGGAGCCAAGCAAGAGCUGAGGGAGAUGUUUGGUAUUCAUAAGUCCACAACAGACAGGCCGCAGCUUCCUUUCCAUGAGGAAAGUACUGACAGGAUGAGAGUCGGCAUUCACAACGACAAAGCAAAAAAUGAGCUGUUCAGCCCUCUGAAAUAUGAAACAGAUCGUGAACGAUUCAUCCGUCCUGUAGAAACUACAAACAGAGUGGGAUUCUCAACAGACAGAGAUACCACAGCAAUACAGAGCUUUAGUCUUUAUAAAGACAACUCCAAUCAAGAGGCCCAAAUAGAUGAUGAACAGCUUGAAUUUCCUUUAGAAACUACUGAUGGGGAUACAUAUACCUCACAGGAUGACAACACAAACAGUGAAACGGUUACUGGCUCUCCGGUGACUGUUGAGCAAACCACAUCUCCGCUUUGGGAAACCACAGCUUCAUUGCAGACCAUUUGGGAUGGUGUAUCAGAGAGUCAAAUCCAUUCACAUCACAUACACCCCCACACUGUGGAAACGGACAGCUCCAUAGAAGAAGAAACAAUCACAAGAGGUUCUAGUAAGGAAAAACUAGCUGUUUUGAAUUCUACCACUAGCAUUGAUGGUAUUCAGUAUCAGCAUAUCCUAAGUAUUCAAAGUCCAUUUAAGCAAAGUGUGACCAUCCCUACAGAAACUUUAACAGAACAUGGAAAACUUGAAGAGGAACACAAAAGACAUUCAGUGGACCACAAAGAACCUUCUGUAGACCACAAACAACAUCCUGCUGAACACAUAAAACACCUUGAGCGACAACAACCUGAAGCAGAACAUGUGCAGAUUUUAGGAAAACACAACACUGAGCUUGAAAGGAAACAUCAGUGGCAGUUGUUCUCUCCAGUUAAAUUUAGUCCAACCAGCCCACCUUCAAACAAACAGUCGCACAGUCUGUUUAACUUCAGAGAGGAGGAGGAAGAGGCAGACAACACCCUCAGAUCUCAUUCUAGGAUGGAGGAGGGACUGGUGGAGAUCCAGAGCUGUUGUGUGGCCGGGCAGAAAUGGGCAGAGGAGAAGCAGCACUGCAACCGUAUGCCUGUAAAAACAGAAGACCUCAACUCUGUAUGUGGUGUGGUCCAGAAGCAGUGUUGUUCAGGUGCUCUGAGAGAGAGCAGGUGUCAGGCUGGCAUGAAUGCAGCAAGGGCCGGACAUGCCUGUGAGGGAAACAGCCCACUCUGUGGAGAAGAUUCCCUAGCGGAUUGCUGUAACUGCUGUGCGCUGGGUCUGGGUUUGCGGAGGGAAGGUAAAGGUUGUGAAGCACAUCAGCACCUGAGCUACCCAUGUGGACACGUCUUCCUCACGUGCUGCGAGGAGGGAGAGGAAGGACUUGCUCCACCUAUGAUCAAGAAUAAACAGAUGCCUCAACCGACCGCUCUUCCUAAGAAAGUAUCAGACAGUAAGUUUCCGAAGCAAGCGUUGUCGGUUGGGGAUGUGGAUCCUGCAGCAAAUUCACUGGAGGAUUUGAAGCAUGAUGAAAAGUGCCAGAGAUUUGCACCGCUCUGCCAUCACACCUGCAUUAACGUUCGUGAAUCCUACCUGUGCGCCUGCUACCCUGGAUGCACACUCCUGCAGGACGCCCGCACCUGUGUGCCAGAGAACCAGGAAGAAGACAACAGAGUAGGUGAGGAAGACAGGCUGCUAACUGUAGCUCCAGCAAGGCAAGAAACUGCAACUCAAACCCUAGACUUACGUAACCCAUGUUCAGGUAAUGGGCCCUGCUCUCAGAAGUGCUCGGUUGUUAGAGGACUGGCCCAAUGUUCCUGUUUCCCAGGAUUCUCUCUGAUGGCUGAUGGACACACCUGUGAAGAUAUGAACGAGUGUGUGACAAACACACAUACCUGCCAGGCUGACGAGCGCUGCGUGAACACGAUAGGAGGGUUUGUGUGUGAGAGGCAGAUCUCAUGUUCGAGCGGUUACCAGCUGAGGAAUGGAGUGUGUGAAGACAUCGAUGAGUGUGUUACUCGAACCCAUAACUGUGGGAUGGGCUUCCAGUGUCAGAACACUGACGGCUCAUUCAUGUGUAUCCCAAAGCAAGGCUGCCUCACAGGCUUCACUCAGGACUCACAUGGCAACUGCAUCGACAUCGAUGAAUGCAGCAGUGUGAAAGACCCAUGUACAUCUGGCUUUAACUGCAUAAAUACUGUGGGCUCUUACACCUGUCAGCGCAAGAUUAUCAUGUGCAGUCGGGGUUACCAUUCCAGUCCUGAUGGAGCACGAUGUAUCGAUGUAGAUGAAUGUCAGACGGGCACCCACCGCUGUGGAGAGGGCCAAAUCUGUCACAACCUGCCCGGCAGCUACCGCUGUGACUGCCAAACCGGCUACCAGUACGACGCCGUUCGCCAGCUCUGUGUGGAUGUAAAUGAGUGUUGGCGGUACACGGGCCGCCUGUGCGCCCAGACCUGUGAUAACACGCCGGGCUCCUACCAGUGCUCCUGUACCACUGGCUUCUCCCUGGCCUUUGAUGGCAAGAACUGUGAAGAUAUUAAUGAAUGUGACGGCAAUCCCUGCAGUCAGGAGUGUGCAAACAUUUACGGCUCUUACCAGUGUUAUUGCCGAAUGGGCUACUACCUGAAAGAGGAUGGGCACUCGUGUGAAGAUAUCGACGAGUGUUCACAGAGCAUUGGAAACCUCUGUGAAUUCCAGUGUGUGAACGUCCCAGGUAGCUACACAUGUGCCUGUCCUCCCCAUGGUUACUCUAUGUCACCUAAUGGACGCACUUGUCAAGAUAUUGAUGAAUGUGCCACUGGAUCGCACAAUUGCUCUGCUUCCCAGACUUGUUUCAACAUCCAAGGAGGCUUCCGUUGCUUGUCAUUUGCAUGUCCAGACAACUACAGGAGAGUGUCAGACAUACGCUGCGAGCGAAUAAGUUGCCCCAACUUCCAGCAAUGCCAGACCAUGCCAUUACGCAUCACGUACUACCAGCUGAGCUUCCAGACCAACAUCAUCAUCCCAGCUCAGAUCUUCCGCAUCGGACCCUCACCCGCCUACUCGGGUGACAACAUCAUCAUCAGCAUCCCGCGAGGAAAUGAGGAAGGCUACUUCAGCACACGGAAGCUUAACAGCUUCACGGGCGCGGUGUACCUGCACCGGCAGGUGCGGGAGCCACGGGACUUCCUCAUCGAUGUGGAAAUGAAGCUGCUGCGUCAAGGAACUUUCACAACGUUCCUGGCCCGCAUCUACGUGUUUAUCACAGCAAACUCCAUGUGAUGUUACACUUGUCUUUAAUGAUGCCUUUGAUUCCACAUGGUGCUAAACUCUUCAAGCUUUUGCCUUGAAGUUGUCAUCUUAGAUCUUUAGGCUUCUGUUUGCCUAACCGAUUUUGCUCAGAGAGACUUUGAUGGGAGUCUCCCAGUGGGAUCCAACCGCUUUUUGUAUUUUAUUUUAUUUUAAUAUUUUUUGAGUAGAGUGAGAACAAACAGGAUGGAGUACAGAGACUGACAGAAACAUUUGGCUUUAAAAAGUCCUGGCUUUUCCUCUUCAAAGUUUUGAAAGUACUUUACACCAGCUGCUAUUUAUACUGUACCAAUUUAUCCUGAUUGCCUGAAACUGCUUUUUAUAGCACUUCAUUAUUUUUCUAACAUCACUAUGUUACUCCUCGGGGGGGUUAGCAGAAUAGAGCUGAGGUAGAGUUACAUAUUUGUAAUGGCUGUCACGUUUCAUCCAUAAGCCGUUGAAGUACUGUGCCAUUUAAACAUCUAUUAAUUUCACAGCUCAUUCGAAAUAACUGAUAACUGUAUUUGAAAAUGUAUAAUUCACAUGAGUGCCUCAGUUCAGAGCAAACCAGCCCGCCAAAGAGAACAUCUGUAAUCAUUGCAUUGAACACUUGCAAUUAAAAAGGUGUAUGAUUGUUAUUAUAGAUUCUGAUGUUUGUUUCAGUUGCGCUUCCUAUGUAGCUCUUGGUGCUAAUAUACCAUUUUGGAAACAUUUGACACGCAUACAUGAAGAGUGUGUGAGCUCCAAAGCAGCACUGAGAAUGUUUUCAUUGUUAUUUUGUAAUACUGGACCUAUUUUAUUGAAUUACUGUCUUGAAAAUCCGUCUCAGGGUAAAAGCAUAAAAUAAUCUCGAUAUACUCUGUAAUGCACAUCAUAUCGGAAAUCAUAUUGAAUAUCAACAUAAAAGAGCUUCAUUUUCAUUAAAUUCAUGCAACAACCAAAUGUAUCAGUGUAAUAAUGUAGUACAUAUCUGUCUUAGUGGAUUCAGUUCUUCAAUAAAGCAACAUCAAUACUUUUAUUAUCUUAGAGAUUACUUCAGAUGUUUGUCACUUCAUUUGUUUGUUCCGUUUUUAUAAAAAAUAAAAGACCACCUCCUAGUGGUGGAAAGAUGAAGUAUA